AUGUCUCAACUUGUUGUAGAGAAUGCCUCGAAGAAGAGAAAACAUAUUAUAGCUGAUGUUGAGCAAGACACCGAACCAUCGGUCAAGCGAGCCAAGAAGGAUAAACUCAAGAAGGACAAAUCGGUUAGAAAGGAGAAGGGGAAGGCGCGUGCGAGAGAUGAUGAAACGGAAUUUCGAGUAGUACAGACAUCAAUGGUAGUGUCCAUUCCCCCAGUUUUUGCGAGCAACUUGCGCGCGGGUGUAGAGGAGAUGCUAGACUCCUUACUCAUGAGAUAUAUUCCAGCACUGCAAGGUGUUGUUCUUUCGCAUGGCAGUUUACGUUUUUUGGAUACCAUUGCUACGAUCAAGGCUGACUGUCCGUUCACGAAUUGUCGCAUUGCCUUCGAUGCUACGGUAUGGAGCCCUCAAGUCGGCAUGAAGCUCGUCGGCAAAGUCAACCUCUGCUCGCCGGAUCACAUUGCGCUCCUCGUCCAUCGCACGUUCAACGUCUCGAUACCCCGCCACCAUAUACCUACUCAUGACUGGGAAUUUGAAUACGGACCAGCUGAGAAUGAUCCUGAAUUUGGGACCGACAUCAUGGAUGAAAAUGUUUUAGAGACAGGCGAGAACACGCCAGUCGUCGAGGGUGGUGGCCGAUGGGUGCAUAAGCUCACGGGUGCAAAAAUGGGAGGGGAUGACGGCCGACUAGAGUUCACAGUUGUUGGGUUGACGAUCGCAAACCAGAUGUUAUCUCUGGUUGGGUCUGUACAAUUUGACCCUUUCUCUCCAGAACAUGCAUUGCCGGCUCCUACCAAGACCUCGGCAAAUAUCGAAGUGUCUCGUACUAGGGCCGCAGAACACGAAGCUCUUGUUCUUGACAACGACUUUCUGGAGCAGGAAGCCGGCAACGAAGAUGAUGACAGAAGUCCUUUCGCCGAGCUUGGGCGCCUCGCUGACGAGGCCGCUGCAGAUUUGCGGGCGAGGCAAGACAAGACGAUGGGUCCAAGUAAAAAACGUAAACGGAAAGAUGCAGUAGUACGCAGUGCCCAGUGA